AAAUUUUCCACGAUUUAUGGACUCAAUACAAAUAAAUAAAUUAAAUAAAUAAACAGCGUAGGCGUUAGGUUUUUUUUUUCUAAACACCGCUCGAUUUUGCUGGUGGAGAAGCGGUGGUCUUAAUCUGCGGCGGUUCCCGAUUCCUCUCUGCUCUUUGCUCUCCUUUAGAUUCUGAGAGAUCCAAUUUUCUUCUUCAUCCUUUCGUCUGCCAUGAGUACCUCGAUCCAGAUCGUUGUUGAGACGCAAGUGGAUGUUUUGUCUCUUAAAGAUCAGGAUGAAAAAAAGACUAAAGUAGUGAGCAAUGAGCUGAGUUUCGGGAACCAUGGUGGAUGCUGUGCAAUAUGUUUAGAUACAAUACCUCUCCAAGAAACAGCUAUGGUCAAAGGCUGUGAACAUGCUUACUGUGUGACGUGCAUACUCCGUUGGGCAAGUUACAAAGAGUUACCUACCUGUCCACAAUGUAAGCAUCCCUUUGAUUUUCUCAAUGUCCACCGCUCUCUCGAUGGAAGCGUUGAAGAUUUCAUGUUCGAGGAGAGUGUGUGUCUUCUCCUAAGAGCAUCGUGGUUUCAGCCACUGGAAACACUGGAGCGGGUUUCAUACAACGGCAAUGACACUUAUGAUUUCGACAUUCCACCAGAGUAUGAAGAGGAAGACGAAGAUGAUGACCUUGACGAGUUUUAUCUCCACGGUUCAAAUCUUCGUUUAGGAAACAGGAGGUGGGGUGAUAAUGGAUUUGUCAGGUCAGGCCGCCAAGAAGCAAGACCGGCCCAACAUAAUAAGCACCGAGUUGGCCAAGCUUCUGGCUCUGAUGCAUCAGGAGGCUCUUCUUCUUCCUCCCGUGAGGCAAAGGAGAAGAAGACUAGCAGUGCUACUGCAACAGGGAGGCGUGCCAAGAGGGCUAUGAAGCGUGAAGCUGCGAACAAAGCUGCAGAAGUAGUUGCAGCUGCAAAGCAUGAAGCUCUUUUGGUUAGGUUGGGAAGGAAGUGAUGAGUGAUUGUUGUAUCUCUGUAAUUAAAAUCCAUUGACUUCCUUACUUAAGAGAACUGCUCUGUACAGCAAGUAGUAUCUAAUAAUGGUCGAACGACAAAACUUGCUUAUGUUUUUGUCGUCGAAGAUUCUUUGUUAGAGUUUAUUCGUUUAAUCUUACAAAUUUGUUGAUCAUUGGUUUGAUGAGUAAGAUGUACUAUUGGUUUAUGAUGUAAUGUAGAUUUUAGCAAAAUUUUAAACAGUUUGUAAUAUUUUUUAGAGUUAAUUUGCUGGAAACCAAA